GCGAGGCAUCAGUGAGGCGAUAGCGACCUCAUCAUGCAGCGAUGAGCUCGCUGCACAUUGCCUUCAUCGGCCGCUGCUGCUGCUGACCCAGCUGCAGGGUGAGAGGACUUGAGAGUGGAGGCAGGCACAGCGCAGGAGCACCCACCAUGCAGCGGGCUGACACGUCACAGGUGAGAUGCACAACCGACAGAGGCCCAGCACAGCGAGAAGGAAGACAAGGGCAGAUGCCAGAUCUUUCAAAGGCACAUCACACCCCAUCCUCUGCCCUGCUCUCUCUGUCUUGUGUGGUGCUGUUGUUGUGUACUGUGCAGGUGCCUGGGUUUUUGGCCAAGACUUACGAUUUGCUUGAGGAGGGGCAGUGGAGCGAUAUGAUCUCAUGGAACAAAGCCGGGGAUGCCAUCGUGGUAUGUGGGUACCGUACCAGCAGCAUGACCCUGCGCUGCUUGUAGACACGACACAGUACAGUGAGUGGCUGCUGUGUGUUGACUGAUUGAUUGCACUGGGUGGGGUGUGGUGGUCGGUGGUGGCAGGUGAAGGACUCGACGGCCCUGGCGGAGACGGUGCUGCCCCGCCUCUUCAAACACAACAACUACACAUCGUUCGUCAGACAGGUACACAAGCGUGCAAUCACGGGGGGCUUGGGCUCACACAGAUGCCGACCUCAUCUGGCUCUCUCUGUGUGUGUGUGUGUGUGUGUGCUUCUAGCUGAACAACUAUGGCUUCACCAAGAUCACCAAGACGCGCAACGAGUCCGCGGCCAACGGCAUCGACGAGUUCCGGAACGACCUCUUCAAGAAGGGACAGAGGUACGGUGGGUGGAAGCAGGGCGGGCAGGCAGGGGCACGGCACUCUCUUCAUGUCUGUCUGUCUGUCAUUAUGCUUAUCUGUAUGUGUGUCUGAUGCGAUGCUUAGGUACAUGCUGCGGAUGAUCCAGCGGAAGGUGCCUGACAUGGGCGGGGCGGCCUCACAGGUCACCAAGGAGGUCUCACAGGCAUUUGCCCUCAUGCAAGACAAACUGGUCAGCACGCACCACAGACAGAAUUGAUUGCCCACGCGCGGCACUGCACGUGUGCAUCUGUCUGUCUGUCUGUCUGUGUCUGUCAGGUGGAGAGUGAGGAGCGGCUGGCGUCGAUGGCGGCGGAGAUGCGCAAGUUUCGCAGCACCGUCCAGGACCAGAUCACCCAGCUGUGGCAGGAAAACAAGACGCUUCGGGUGAGUGAGCCAUCGAUCCGCCAACAGCCAAUCCAAUGGCAGCCAGCCGUAUGACUAUGACAUGUCCGUUCGUUCCUGUGUUUGUUCCCUGCCCUGCAGGAUGAGCUGAACCGAAUGCGCCGGCAGCAGGGGCUCAACCCGCUGGAUGAGAGCGAGUAUGUGAUGUUAUGUGACCAGAGAGCGACCUUCCCACCCCAGCGAGCUGAGCUCAUGUUCACGUGCAUCUUAUGUUGGUGUGUGUGUCAUGUCAUGUGUGCAGGUCAGCUGCAGCAGCAGCACAGGCGGCGACGAGCAUCAACUGCGCCAACGUGCUGCUGGAGUGUCUUGCGGAUGGCCAGGGCCACAUGCCCGCGCCUCCCCAGCCCUCCCCCGCCGUCAUCCACCACCACCACCAGUCGGCACACACGCAGGAGGUGCCCCCCGGCCCCCCCGGGCCGCCAUUUCUCCAUCCCGACCUUCUCAGGAUGUCAUCUCCGGUGCGCGCCGCACCAUGACAGACAUGACGACGACCGAUCACACACAACUGUCAGUCAUGUGUGUCAUGUCAUGUGUUGCCUGUCGUUCUCCAGAUGCCGCCAUUCUCUGCUGCUGAGGGAAUGAACCCUCCCGCUCCCGGCCAGAUGAUGGGCAUGCCAGGCGCCAUUGGAGGCAUGGGAGGCGCCGCGCACAAAUGGGAAGCCAUGCAGCAGUCACCUGCACCAGCAGCGGCCGCAGCCACAGACCCGUCAGCCAUCUUUCCCUGGGCAGCAGCAGCAGCAGCGGCAUCGGCCACCGGCGUGGGGGUGCACACCACCCACCCCACAGAAGCACCGCCCCCCAAGAGCGACCAGGUCCCCCACCGCCCCCCGCACCAGGCCCUGCUGCCCUUCCUCAGCCCAGCACUGCCGGGCGCCCCUGUCUCGCCACAGCCCUUCUCUACCGACAGAAUGCGCGCCGCCCUCCUCAGUGGUGUGCUGAGCGCUGGGCUGGCACAGCAGCACGCCCGAUCCCUAAUGCAGAUGCAGCAGAUGGCCGGCAGAUUUGGGCAGCAAACGGGUCCUGGCGUUGAUGCGUCGGAGGGAAUGAUGCCUGCGACUCAUGCGGCGGCAGCAGCAGCAGCAGCAGCUGCUGCCGGUGGAGGGGGAAUGGGCGCCAGCAUGGCGGGGCUUAUGAUGCCGCCAGACAUGGCAAUGCCCGACAUGUUCUCACUCGGUACCGAUGGGCCGGGGACACAGCGACGCACGCCGACAGACAGACACUCAUCUGCUCUUGUUCUCGGCUCUCUCUCUCUCUCUCUGUGUGUGUGUGUGUGUGUGUCUGUGUGCCUGAUGCAGGGACCACCCCUCCUCACCCUCCCCCUAGCUCGGAAUUCGCGCAUCUGCCAGCCCUGUUUCAAGCGACCAAAAACGAGAUCGCUGCUGCCGAUGCGCUGCUCGCAAAGGCGCCGGCGACAGCAGCAGCAUCUACCGCCCACAGCGAGACCCAAGGCGGCUCCCUGGAUGAGGAGCGUCCUGAUGAGGGGACAGCAUCGGUUGCUGGUGGGCGGAAGCGGCCUCAGGAUGCCCUGAGAAGCGGCGGCAGACACCCGAGCAGCAGCAACGCCCUCACCAAGGAGAAUUUCCAGUUCGCUGGUGAGACACACAGCACCGCACCAUUCAUGAGUCGAUCGAUCGGUUGCUGUGCUGCAGGUGGCCCCAUGGCGUCUCCGCAACGUGGCCUCUCGUCAGUGCCAUAUGCACCCCGGCCGUCAGGUGCGUGCGAGCAGGACGACAAGAGUGUCAGCGGCAGCAGCUAUAACGGCAGCAACAGCCCCCAGCUCGCCGACAAGCACGACCCUUCCUGUUGGCCCCCCUACGACCAGACCAAGCGGCCGAGGCGCAUGGGGGUGGAGGGAGGGGUGGGGGACGGCUUUGACGCCAGCCAUCUUCAUGGGCAUGGGCCCUCGGCUGCUGCUGCUGCUGCUGCUGGCGAUUGGCCAGGAGGCCACGGAGGAGAGAGGGGAUCCGACGACCAGAAUGAUGCUCUGAAGGUACCUAUGGUGUGAUUCAUUGACUAAGAUCUCUCUCUGUGUGUGUGUGUGUGUGUGCGUGUGUGCGUGUGUGUUCAGGUAGGGUUCGAUUUUCGGAGUCUGUUGGAGUUACCUCCUGGGGCCCUCGCUGCAGCCGUAGCUGCUGCAGCCGCCAACCCGCCAUCACUGCAGUCGCCACCGCCCACAUAAUUAUUAAUGAGGCUGAACGCGGGCAGGGCAGUGAGGCCAAGCAAGGCACUAUGGCCGUGGGGGAGUUUCUUGUGCUGACAUUUAGUACUGUCUGUCUGUCUGUCUGCGUCAUGAAGUGGGGAAGCCAGCAGAGGGGAGAGGAGGGGAGAGGGGUCAAUUAUUGAUUUUUGUAGCCAGAGAGAGCUCUAUCUAUCUGCCCGUCCGUCUGUUCUGUUUUGAGGCUCUGAGGGACGGAAGAAUGCAGCCAGCGAGAGACGUCUGUCUCUCUGUGUGUGAGAGCGAGUGGAUGUACACGAAAAUCAAUUAGCUAUGCCGAGGUGAGCGGGGCGAGGCGGGGCGGGGCGGGGCGAGGAGAGGAGAGGAGAGGAGAGAGAUUGGGCCGAUCCAUAUGUCACCUGCAUACACACGCACAGAGAGAGAGAGAGAGAGAUUGGGGGCAGCCGUGACUCUGCUGCAUGUGUGAGCGUCUUGUCUGUGUCCAUCACGAUGUGUGAGGCAUUCUGAUAGAAUCUGCCGAAGCGUGAUGCGUACAUGCAUGUGAUGAUGGCAUAAUGGCCGUCUGUCUCCCUGCCUCUGACUGACUGACUGACCAAGUGGGAAAAUGACUUUGUCCACCGAUGGCAGCCAGCUGGUGCCACAUCCAUCCAUCCAUCCAUCCACACGUAUUUUUCACCGAGCGAUUUUGCUGCAUGCGCAUGAAUGCAUGAGCGAACGAAUUUGCAUGAUGUGCGAUGAGUGAGUGAGUGGAGAUAACAAAUGCACACUAAACGGGUCGGCGGCGAGACAAGCGAUGAUGGGCGUGUGCGUGCGGCCUUAACGAG